AUGUAUGGUUCUGAAAAAUAUGAUGAUGAUUUAAAUGAAGUGCUUACGUCCGGUAGUGCAUAUGAAAUAAGUGAUGUGGAUGAGGAGUUUACUAAACUAAGAGACUUGCCUUUAAAAUCAAAGAUAUUUACAAAAAGCAAUAAUUUUUCACAAUUAGAUGAGUUCUUAGAGUCAAGAUCUAACACUCCCAUGCCAAAAAAGGUGAGAUUUGAUAAAGAAAAAGAUGCCAACAAACAAGAUUUGACCCUAGAUACAGAUAACAAUACCUUACUGUCUAAUGACUUUGAAAGGAUAGAUAAGAGCAACUACUCAACAGUAGAGAAGUCUAAGAUUGAGCAGGAAACUAGCAGAGAAAUUUCAAAUUUUGUAGAAUUACCAAUUCAUACCAAAUCUAGAGAAAGUGCAACAGAAUCGAUUGCAAGCUCUAAUACAACAAGGAACAAACAUCAUGUCGAGGAUAUAAUAGAAUAUGCUAGUCAAGUUAACAACUAUUUGGAACAGAAUUUGGAAAAUAUAGAUUCAUUUAGAGCUGAUAUCAUGAAAAGUGGGGGAAUUUAUAAACCAUUUAGUAAUUUGGCUACCGAGAAUUCAUCAGUUUGGGAUUCUACCUCCAACUUUGAGCUAAGUGCAGAUGAGUUAGAUGAAAAUGAUAAAUCUAAUUCCUUCUUAUUCAUGAAUAACUUUGAUAGAUCAUCCACGUCUUUACCAUCAGGAUUACUGAGCAGUAAUUUGAGUUUAAAAUUGAUGUCUCGAACCAAUAACGAAAGUGGCUUUAAAAUAUCUUCUUCGGCAUCAUUAACUGACUUUUUUGAAGAAAAUCGUAUUAAUAAUAGUAAUAAUAAUAGUAAUGACAAUCUUAAAGAAUAUAAUAUUCACAAAAGCGAUAAUAAUAAAAUAGAUAUUAAAAGUAAUGAAGAUAAUCAAGAUAAUCACGAUGACAAUUUGAACUUGAAUUUUGUCGAUAGUAAUAUCUAUACUUUAGAAAAUUCACCUACGAUUAUGGGAGGCUCGCAAUGUAAUAAUAUACCAGAAGAUAUGAUUUUAGGAGAUUCAGAGAUCUGUGAGAUGAAUGUUCCAAAUUUUAAAUUCCUGAAAAUAGGGGAUAAUAGUUUUAAUGAAGAAGCAACAUCGAAUAAUUAUUUUGAGGAUAAAUUACUAGUAGAUUAUGAGUCAAUUUUUAAAAUACGUCCUAUAGACGACCAAAACAAUAUGGAUAUAGUCCCUAAGACUUCUGAAGAUUCCAAAACUUCUGUAGAAGAGCAGAAAUGCCCAACUAUUAAUAUGCUUACUGAUAUAAUUGACAUAUUACUAAAAUUAACCAAAAAUAACAAUGAGUUGCAUUUUAUAUCACCAGAAGCAUCAAAAACUGAAGUUUAUGAACAAAGUAAAGAAAAAUAUGACGUAUUUAAAAUGAAGAGCACACCAACAGUUACAUACCAAAAUUUUAUUGAGAGAAUACAAUCAAAAUGCUUGUUUGAUGAAACUAUAUACUUAGGGACAAUAGUUUUAUUACAAUCACUCUUUUUAGUACGGGAAAAGGAAACUAAUCUUAUUAAAUUAAAAUAUCCUUUAGAGGAAUCAUAUGUUCAUAGGUUAUUAAUUGCAUCCAUAAGAGUUUCAUCAAAAGUACUUCAGGAUUUUGUUCAUUCCCAUGAAUACAUAAGCAAAGUGUUUGGAGUGUCAAAAAGGUUAUUAACUAAAUUAGAAGUUUCUUUAUUAUUAUGUAUCAAGAAUGAAGGUCUAAUGAUUAGUGCUGAGAGACUGUUAGCGUCAGAUAAAAUAUCGUGUGAGUUAAAAAAGUUGAUAGAGAAUCAAUAG